CCACCUGCCGGUUGAAAAACACACUGUUUGGUUUGUGGUCGCUAAUCCAGCAGAAGCAUAGAAUUGUUUUGCUGCUAAUUUUCCUGCUUCUGUCUCCGUUGUCAUCAUGACGGUUUUAACUAAACCCAUUAGCGAAAUGAAAAAGAAGUCACCAUUGGCUAUCCCUUUGGUGCAGGCAGAGCAGCCAGUGGAUGGAGCCGAAGUAGUGGUGGUGCCUGGUAAAAGGAGGGAUCAAGAUGUAGAGAACCUUGGUGUUCCUUUCACCCUUGGGAUCCGUAGUCACACUCGGGUGACUUCUGCAACUACUGUUUGCCUUUUUCUAGUGGGUCUACUUGUAAUGAGUGUUGGGAUUGUUGGUGGAAUUUACCUGUACCAACAUUGCGCACGUAGACCGUUGCAACGUCUUCGUGGAUUUUUGAAUGUUCCUUACAACAAUACCGAUGGACGACAUCUCUACUACCACUUGGAUUCUCUUGCUUCUCGCCAAGUAGCUUCACCUGAGGUGAGAUAUUUGUAUCACUAUUAUUAUUACUUUUUUUUGUAAGAUGUCGAGCUCAUU